GCAUUAAAAUAAAUCUAAUUUCUGUUUAACAUAAAAGUUAAUAAAAGAAACUUUAAAAUUUAGAAAGGCUACUUAUUCACCGAGUAGGCGUGUCUCCCUAGAGGCCCCAUAUUCCUCAUAUUAAAAGUGCAUGUAGUCUACGUUAGAGUGACAAAGUUGUAAGGUUAAACGCAAUUUACCCUAAUUUCAGAACCAACGAAAAAGAAAAAAAAACUUCUCUGGAUCAAUCCCUAUUCCAUGCCCAGGUUGGAGGAGUACAUGGCGGCGACGGAGUCCAGUUUAAGCCCCGCUGUGGAGUCGGUGGUGCCGGCAUGUAUGUUCGCACCUGACCCGGGUUGCGCGGAGGAUUCGCCCGGCGCUGAGCGCAGCGACGCCGGCGACAACCAGAACGGGGAAGCCGAGGAUCAUUUAGACCUCACUAGCAAGUUUGCAUUGGUCAGCCCUACAGGAGAGCAGUAUGACUGUUUACAAAAGCAGCUGCGAGAACGAAUGGAGGAAGGAUGCGGAGAAACUAUCUAUGUGGUUGGCAUGGGGACAGACGGUGGUGAUUAUGGUCUGGAUGAGCGUGAUAUGGAAGCAUCUGUCGCUACGGUGCAGUCUCUUUGCGAGCAGGUUGACGGUGACCUGAUUCUGCUGAGAGAGAGGAUGGAGACGGCGGGACACGUCCGCGAUUAUCUCAUUAGGCGCCGCGUUGGAGAGGCAGACUUUCUGGAAGUCAGAGUGGCGGUCGUAGGUAAUGUAGACGCUGGUAAAAGCACACUCCUGGGCGUCCUAACCCACGGCGAGCUCGACAAUGGUCGCGGAUUUGCCCGUCAGAAGCUCUUUCGCCACAAACACGAGAUGGAGAGCGGCCGGACCAGCAGUGUCGGCAAUGACAUCCUGGGUUUCGACCAGGAAGGGCAGGUGGUCAACAAACCAGACAGUCACGGGGGCAGCCUGGACUGGACCAAGAUCUGCGAGAGGUCGUCAAAGGUCAUCACAUUCAUCGACCUGGCGGGGCACGAGAAGUACCUGAAGACCACCGUUUUCGGCAUGACAGGCCACAUGCCGGACUUCUGCAUGCUAAUGGUGGGAAGUAAUGCGGGAAUCAUUGGCAUGACUAAAGAGCACCUCGGUCUCGCUCUGGCCCUCAACGUUCCUGUUUUUGUAGUCGUAACUAAGAUAGACAUGUGUCCCGCUAACAUCUUACAAGAGACACUAAAGUUAUUACAGAGGUUACUCAAAUCUCCAGGAUGCAGAAAAAUUCCAGUUUUGGUGCAAAACAAGGAUGAUGUCAUCGUUACGGCCUCAAACUUCAGCUCAGAGAGGAUGUGUCCGAUUUUCCAGAUCUCGAAUGUGACGGGUGAAAACAUGGACUUGUUGAAAAUGUUCCUGAACCUGCUGUCCCCCAGAACCUCAUUUAAAGAUGACGAGCCCCCGGAGUUUCAGAUUGAUGACACAUAUUCAGUUCCGGGUGUCGGCACUGUAGUAUCAGGGACUACUUUACGAGGAUUAAUACGGCUGAAUGACACAUUGCUCCUCGGUCCAGACCCUCUGGGCGUCUUCAUCCCCAUCACCGUCAAAUCCAUCCACCGCAAGCGCAUGCCUGUUAAAGAAGUGCGUGGUGGGCAGACAGCCUCGUUCGCCCUGAAGAAGAUCAAGCGCUCGUCUAUCAGAAAGGGAAUGGUGAUGGUGUCGCCCCGCCUCAACCCACAGGCAUGCUGGGAGUUUGAGGCUGAGAUUCUCGUACUCCACCAUCCAACGACGAUAUCGCCGAGAUACCAAGCUAUGGUUCACUGUGGCAGUAUCAGACAGACCGCCACCAUAAUCGGCAUGAACAAAGACUGUUUACGGACGGGGGACAAAGCCACUGUACACUUCCGUUUCAUCAAGACCCCCGAGUACCUUCACACGGACCAGAGACUCGUCUUCAGGGAGGGCAGGACAAAGGCCGUGGGCACCAUCACUAAGCUGCUUCAAACCAAGCCUCUGGCCAAGAUGCAGUCUACCAAGAAAACAUUGUCACAGGUGGAAGGGUCUUCAUCAGCCAGCGAGGAAACUACACAGAUGGGAGAAAGCCCUCAAAUAGGACAACUGUCUAAGUCCACUGGAAGUGGUCGACGGCGUGGCGGCCAUCGGCACAAAGGCAAAUCAGCACUGAACAGCGUCACUGGAACGGCAACUACAGCUGCUGGAGUGGGCGGCAACUGAGUUUCCUUCAUCUCUCCCACCCAACACCACUGGUCAUCUGACUUUAACAUUUUAAGUGAACACCAGAGGGCAGUAAAGCCUUUUUUUUCUUUCUUUUUUGUUUGCUCUCACUAAACCAGACUGAUUUAUUCCUCCUUAAUUAGAAACGCUCAUCUCCACUGACACAAUCGUGCCAAAACCCUGACUGACAAGCAGCUGUUGUGUUCCUCGUCCACCCGCUCUUUUUUUUUUUUUCUCACCCUUAUCAAACCCUUUUAACUUAAUAUUCUGUCAGCCAUUGGAGUCUUAACAUCCUGUAGUAAACACCUCAAAAUCCCGGAUUUUGUAGCCGGAAUGUUUCCCCGAGGACCCAAUUAAGGAGCCUACGACUGAAACCCUGUUUGUGUUCAGCGAUUUUGCUAUUUUUCAUGUCAUUUUCCUCCUUCGAUUGAAUUUGGCAAAUGCUAACGGAGAUGAAAGGGAGAAAUCUGUUCUGCUUGUCAAUCUCUCAUGCCCCCUCAUCCUCUUCUGAUUUUAAUGAGCGUUGUAGCUGCCGAGACGCACAAAAUCUCGGCAGAUAAAACCGGUCCCUCUUGGAGCGUCACAAAUUAGGUGGCUUUCUGCUCUCCUGUGUUGCUUUUUCAUUUCGUGACCCAGCAUUACUUUCAAAAGGUCUCACCUUUUCAACAAAGAACGGGUAGCUAACUGAGAUGACAUGGCAUUUAAUUUGGAUUCCUGUUUUCGCUUUCUCAUUAAACCAUAUUUUCUGUCUAUUUAUAUUUAUUCUAGACUCUUUUUAAACAAAUUUUCCUGUGCAAGCCACUUUUGAUCCAACCAAAGCGAGAGUAGACCUGAAUAAAUACAAAUAAAAUGAACGAACGCUGACUAAUUCACCCACAUAUGACAGUUUGGUCAUUUGCUUACCUUACUCAUGUUGUUCCAAACCAGCAUUACUUUCUUUUUUGCUGGAAGUGUUUUUGUUUUCCAUGCAAUUACAUUGAAUGUUUUUAUUUUAUCAGUUGCUUUCCUGCAAUUUGUGACGGUUCUUUUGCAUCACAAAAGUAUCAUAAAAGUGGUCCAUAAUACUAUAUUAUGAGCUAUAUUUCAAUUCUUAAAGGGUUAGUUCACCCAAUUGAAAAUUCUGUCAUUUAUUACUCACCCUCGUGUCGUUCCACAUCCGUAAGACCUUCGUUCUUCUUCGGAACACAAAUGAAGAUCUUUUUGAUGAAGUCUGAGAGGUUUCUGUCUCUCCAUAGAGAUCCAACGCAACUACCACUCCAAGGUAAAUUGUGUUUUUUUUGCUCAAACAAAGCACUCUUGUUGCUUCAUAAAAUUGAAUUUAAGCAACUGUCGUCACAUGGUGUACCUUGAUGUCUUUUUCCUUCCUUUCUGGACCUUGGAGUGGUAGUUGCGUUGGAUCUGGAGAGACAGAAACGUCUCAGACUUCUUCAAAAAGAUCUUAAUUUGUGUUCCGAAGAUGAACGAAGGUGGGUGAAUCUGAAUAACACAACGGUGAGUCAUAAAUGGCAGAAUUUUCAUUUUUGGGUGAACUAACCCAUUAAGUCAUACCAUAGCUUUGUCCGAGAAACAAACUGAAAUUUAAGUCGUUAUUUACUGAUAUCCUUAUCCCGCUGUUAAUUGUUGUCAGUGUGUAAAUAAUGAUGCAUCACAAAAGUACCAUAAGUGGUCCAUAAUACUUGUGUGCUAUAUUUCAAGUCUUCUCAAGUUGUACGAUAGCUUUAUAUGGAAAACGAAGUGAAAUUUAAGUUAUUUAUUGAUAUUCUUCCCCUACUGUUAAUCAUUGUAAGCAAAUCGAAUGAAUCAUUCAGAUGGUUUUAUGACUCAAAGAUCUGACUCAAAAGAAUUUGUAUACAGAUUUGCCGACAACACAUAUCUCAUGAACUUUACAUAGAGACAUAGAGUGGACGCCAAUAUAUUUUACUACAGUUUUGGUCUGUUUCUUACACAAAGCUUACUUUCCAUAGAAGUCAUAUGGACCACAUUUACGGUGCUUUUGAAGCUUGAAAACUGUAGUUCUCAGUUUAAUUGUGAAAAGAGCAACUGUUACACAUAAGAAAGAAAGUCAUAAAGAUUUGGAAAGACUUUAGGGUGAGUAAACGACCAAAUUUUCACUUUUGGGUGAACUAUACCUUUAAAUAUGAACCUUAAUUGGAGUUAAUAUGAAGUGGAGAAUAUGAAAUCCAAGGUAAGAUACAAAUCCAGACCAAAAGAGUUCUACAUCGAAAACUUCAAAUCUUGUCUCUCAGGAUAGUUUCAUAAUGUCCAUUGCAAUUUUUUGACAAAAGAAAAACACAAUGCCCACACAAUUGAACAUAAAUAACUUUCAUUUACAUAGUUUUCAUGAGCCCAAUGCUGCAUUCACCGAAGGCAUCGUUCAAGGCUUUUCUGGUUCUUGUUCUUGGGUUUGAUCUGCUGUUCUUAUUUUUUGAAUCGAUAAAGGUGAACCACAAGGCCUGUACUAUCAGGGAGAUCUUUAGACAUUGAUUUUAGUUUUAUCCGAGGCAGCCAAGUAGAUUUGAACUUUACAAGCCAAGUAGAUUUUUUUACACAUGAUCUCUACAAGUUCAGUAAGAGUGCAUGAAGACCACAUGCAAGCCCUUAAGUUAUGCAAAAUAGAUUUUCUUGAGGAACCUGGUGGAUAAUAUUAUUUUUUAUUUUAUUUUAAUUUUUUUCAUGCCCAGGGGUGGUACGUAGUAUGAUUUUCAGAAAAAAUAGGCUGAAGUUUUAGAGCAUUCAGUGCAUUUUUUUUUUUUUUUUUUUAAGUUAUUUUCUUUUUGAUUCAAUCCCCGUUUAGUGCAUUGUUUCCUUUCUUGCAUUAAAAAUGUAUGUACAUUAUGUACAAAUGAAACAGCAUGUAAUUUGUGUUGUAAAUCCUUUUAAAUAAAAUAAAAAGUUAUACAAAAACUCCAAUAAAUGCAGUAAUCAGUCA